UAUUAAGGGAAAAACGCUGUCCAAACCUGCUUAGCCCCAUGUGAAAAAGUAAUUGCCCCCUAAAUCUAAUAACUGGUUGUGCCACCCUUCGCAGCAACAACUGCAAUCAAGCGUUUGCAAUAACUGGCAAUGAGGCUUUCACAUCGCUGUAGAGGAAUUUUGGCCCACUCUUCUUUACAGAAUUGUUUUAAUUCAGCCACAUUGGAGGGUUUUCGAGCAUGAAUGGACUGUUUAAGGUCAUGCCACAGCAUCUCAAUCGGAUUUAAGUUCAGACUUGGCCACUCCAAAACCUUAAUUUUGUUUUUCUUGAGCCAUUGAGAGGUGGACUUUCUUCUGUGUUUGGGAUCAUUGUCCUGCUCCAUAACCCAAGUGCGAUUGAGCUGACGACCUGACAAACUGACGACCAGACAUUCUCCUUCAGGAUUUUCUGAUAGAGUGCAGAAUUCAUGGUUUCAUCAAUUAUGGCAAGUCAUUCAGGUCCUGAAGUUGCAGAGCAGCCUCAGACCAUCACACUACCACCACCAUGUUUGACUGUUGGUAUGAUGUUCUUUUUAUGAAAUGCUGUGUUGGUUUUACGCCAGAUGUAACGGGACACACACCUUUCAAAAAGUUCAACCUUUUUUUUCAACCUCAGCCUCAACAGUUUUUGCCCAGUCUCUUUCUUAUUGUUGAAUCAUGAACACUGACCUUAAUUGAGGCAAGUGAGGCCUGCAGUUCUUUAGAUGUUGUUCUGGGUUCUUUAUGACCUCCUGGAUGAGUCGUCGUUACGCUCUUGGAGUAAUUUUGGUAGUCCGGCCACUCCUGGGAAGGUUCACCACUGUUCCAGGUUUUCUCCAUUUGUGGGUAAUGGCUCUGACCAUGGUUUGCUGGAGUCCCAAAGCCUUAGAAAUGGCUUUAUAACCCUCUCCAGACUGAUACAUGUCAACUAUUUAGUUUCUCAGCUGUUCUUUGCGGCUUGAUGUGUUGCUCUUUAAGCACUCUAUUUAAGUGAUUUCUUGAUUCAAGAGGUCUGGCAGUAAUCAGGCCUUGGUUUGGCUAGUGAAAUUUUACUCAGCUUUCUAAAAUAAUGUGGUUAAUCUCAGUUCUUUCAUGAUUUAACAGGAGGGGGCAAUCCAUUUUUCACGUGGGGCCAGGUAGGUUUGGAAAGCUUUUUUCCCUUAAUUCAUCAUUUAAAAACUGCAUUUUGUAUUUACUUGCGGUAUCUUUGUGUAAUAUUAAAAUUAGUUUGAUGAUCUGAAUCUUUUAAGUGUGAAAGAAAUGCAAAAUAUGAAAAAAACAGGAAGAGGGCAAAAACCUUUUCACGGCACUGUAUAUAUAUAUAUAUAUAUAUAUAUAUAUAUAUAUAUAUAUACAUACAUGUAUACAUAUAUUAGUGUCAAAUGUUCAAGAGACAGUCAGUAAAGUACAUAAUUUUUAUUAAGUACAUAAUAAAAUGCUAUAACCAGUGCACACAGAGAGCCUCUGCUAAGUUUAGGCCAUUUUGAUCUAUAAACCAUUAGCCUGAAAAGAAAAAGUAAAGAAAAAAAAACUGGAAAAAGUGAAAUAUGUCCUCCAUAGAGACAACGAAUAGUGUAGCAUGUGACGUUCAUGUGAUUUAUCACAGAUUUUUAUGUCAGCCAAGUGUCACUGCCGGGCACAGCAGGGUCAUGAGAGCAGCUGCUCUCUCCGGUCCGGUUCUUAAUGGAUCUGGCAGAGACGUUGAUGGGAGUUGUAGUUCCCACAUUCUCAAAGCUUGAUUUAGAUGGCAAAGAAAUCCUCAAGCUACAUCAUCACCAACAAAUCUCGGUGAUGGAGAAUUCAGGCCAUCUCGCUUCCUCUGCCCUUCUAACAAGCAUAAAAUUAAUGAUGAUAAUAAAAGUAUGUGUAAGGGAGAGAGAAAGAGGGGGAAAGCGGUAGCAGGUGCAGGUAUACAGAGCCGUGGGCAUGAAGGUUGUGUGUGUGUCUGAGUGUUUUUAAGGGCAGGGGGUGGGAAGUGAGCUUCGGGUUACCCUGAGGCACAAAUGGGGGGAGAGAACAGGCUGUGUGUGUGUGUGUGUGUGUGUGUGUGUGUGUGUGUUAUCAGGUGGAGAAGGGGUAUGUUACCUCCAAAAAAAGCCACCAGUGUCUUCCACACGUGCGAGGGGAGAGUGGGAGAAAUCUGGGAGUCAGUUCAUUAACAACGAACAUGGGAAAAGGGUCCGGACAUGAAAGCAACCCUGAGGCUGCUCCAAAGGGAGGAAAGAGAAAGAUGAAAGAUAAAGAUUUAGAUGAGCUGAAGAAAGAGGUGUCACUGGAUGAUCAUAAGCUGUCUCUAGAUGAGCUCAGUACUCGUUAUGGAGUUGACCUUGCCAGAGGCCUGACCCGUAAGAGAGCGCUAGAAAUUCUGGACCGCGACGGUCCGAAUGCGCUGACCCCGCCGCCCACCACACCAGAGUGGGUGAAGUUCUGUAAGCAGCUGUUCGGAGGAUUCUCCAUCUUGCUCUGGAUCGGUGCCAUCCUCUGCUUUUUUGCCUACAGUAUUCAGGCAGCCACUGAGGAUGAGCCUGUCAAUGACAAUCUGUAUCUGGGUGUGGUUCUAUCUGCUGUGGUCAUCAUAACUGGCUGUUUCUCAUAUUAUCAAGAAGCCAAAAGCUCCCGGAUCAUGGACUCGUUCAAAAACAUGGUGCCUCAGCAAGCUCUGGUGAUUCGUGAGGGAGAGAAAUUUCAGAUAAAUGCAGAAGAGGUGGUUCAGGGAGACCUGGUGGAGAUCAAGGGUGGAGACAGAAUUCCAGCAGACCUUCGGAUCAUCGCCUCCAGCGGCUGCAAGGUGGAUAACUCAUCUCUCACUGGAGAGUCAGAACCUCAGACCCGUUCUGCAGAGUUUACUCAUGAAAACCCUCUGGAGACCAGAAACAUCAGUUUCUUCUCCACCAACUGUGUGGAAGGUACAGCCCAUGGCAUAGUGAUCGCUACAGGUGAUCGUACAGUGAUGGGCCGCAUUGCAUCUUUGGCGUCUGGUCUGGAAGUGGGUCAGACGCCCAUCAACAUGGAGAUCGAGCACUUCAUUCAGAUCAUCACAGGUGUGGCCAUCUUCCUGGGUGUGUCCUUCUUCAUCCUGUCACUCAUUCUGGGCUACACCUGGUUGGAGGCAGUCAUCUUCCUCAUCGGUAUUAUUGUUGCCAAUGUUCCUGAGGGCCUGUUGGCUACUGUCACGGUGUGUUUGACUCUGACUGCUAAGCGCAUGGCUCGCAAAAACUGUCUGGUGAAGAAUCUAGAGGCUGUGGAGACUCUAGGUUCCACCUCCACCAUCUGCUCAGAUAAAACUGGAACCUUAACUCAGAACCGGAUGACUGUCGCUCACAUGUGGUUUGAUAACCAGAUCCACGAGGCCGACACCACCGAGGACCAAUCAGGCUGUUGCUUUGAUAAAAGCUCUCCUACAUGGUUUUCUCUGUCUCGAGUGGCAGGAAUUUGUAACCGUGCUGUCUUCAAACCUGGACAAGAGAACAUUCCUGUGCGCAAGAGGGACACAGCAGGAGAUGCAUCAGAGUCUGCUCUGUUGAAGUGUGUUGAGCUCUCGUCCGGCUGUGUUCAGACUCUCAGAGACAACAACCGAAAAGUGGCAGAAAUCCCAUUCAACUCAACUAACAAAUACCAGCUGUCUGUUCAUGAGAUAGAAGACAGUCCCACUGGAUACCUGCUGGUGAUGAAAGGAGCCCCAGAGAGGAUUCUGGACAGGUGCAGUACCAUAAUGAUCAACGGUGAGGAAAUGCCAAUGGACGAGGACUGGAAGGACGCAUUUCAGGGAGCGUACAUGGAGCUCGGCGGACUGGGCGAGAGGGUUCUGGGGUUCUGCCACCUGUUCCUCUCUCCCUCACAGUUUCCGAGGGGGUUUGAGUUUGACUGUGAUGAUGUGAAUUUCCCGGUCAACCAGCUCUGUUUCCUGGGCUUAAUCUCCAUGAUCGAUCCGCCUCGAGCCGCAGUGCCAGAUGCUGUAGGAAAGUGCCGCUCCGCUGGCAUUAAGGUUAUCAUGGUAACGGGCGACCAUCCUAUAACCGCCAAGGCCAUUGCUAAAGGCGUGGGCAUUAUCUCUGAGGGCAACGAGACAGUGGAGGAUAUCGCUGAAAGACUUAAUAUACCUCUGAGCCAAGUCAAUCCACGAGACGCUAAGGCCUGUGUGAUUCAUGGUUCAGACUUGAAGGACAUGAGCUCCGAGUAUCUGGAUGAUAUUCUGAGGAACCACACAGAGAUUGUGUUUGCUCGCACUUCACCCCAACAAAAACUCAUCAUCGUGGAGGGCUGCCAGAGACAGGGUGCCAUAGUGGCAGUGACAGGUGAUGGGGUGAAUGACUCCCCUGCUCUGAAGAAGGCUGACAUUGGCGUUGCCAUGGGAAUCUCUGGCUCAGACGUCUCCAAGCAAGCUGCUGACAUGAUCCUGCUGGACGACAACUUUGCCUCAAUUGUUACGGGGGUGGAAGAGGGUCGUCUGAUCUUUGAUAACCUGAAGAAGUCGAUUGCGUACACGCUGACCAGUAACAUCCCAGAGAUCACACCCUUCCUGCUCUUCAUCAUCGCCAGUGUGCCACUGCCUCUGGGCACCGUCACUAUCCUCUGCAUCGACCUUGGCACUGACAUGGUUCCUGCGAUCUCUCUAGCAUACGAGUCGGCAGAGAGUGACAUUAUGAAGCGUCAGCCCCGAAACCCCAAAACUGACAAGCUGGUGAAUGAGAGGCUCAUCAGCAUGGCUUACGGACAGAUCGGUAUGAUCCAGGCGCUGGGAGGAUUCUUUACUUAUUUUGUGAUCAUGGCUGAGAAUGGCUUUCUGCCUCAAACGCUUCUGGGAAUUCGACUGGAUUGGGACAGUCGUGCAGUUAAUGACCUGGAGGACACCUAUGGACAGCAAUGGCAUUGUGGUGGUGCAGUGGGCCGACCUCAUCAUCUGUAAGACACGCAGGAACUCCGUUUUCCAACAGGGCAUGAAGAAUAGGAUUCUCAUUUUUGGACUGUUUGCUGAGACGGCUCUGGCAGCCUUCCUGUCCUACUGCCCCGGUAUGGACAUUGCCCUCAGGAUGUACCCACUCAA